AUGCAACAGCCCGAAGAGGGUGUGUCGGCGGUUGAGAAGGUGGUCGAGGACCCUCAACCCAGCAAGCUUGACGAGAAACUCGACGAGAAACUCGGCGAGAAGCCCGGGAAGCGGGAUUCCGAUUCCGCCUCCACAUCAACUGUCAAAGGAAAUGAAAGCAGUACUCCAGUCGCGACAGAGGAAGAUGCCCUCUACGGUCAUCUGCCACAACAUGAGAGGGAUAUUCUCAAGCAACAGCUAGAUGCGCCUGCUAUCAAUAUCUCCUUCAUUGGUCUUUAUCGAUAUGCCUCCCACAUGGAUCUACUCAUCCUUGUGGUCAGCGCAUUAUGCGCCAUUGCCGCCGGUGCUGCACUGCCGCUCUUCACGAUUCUCUUCGGCUCCUUGGCAACGGCCUUCCAAAAUAUCAUACUUCGCACGAUCCCAUACGAUGAGUUCUACGACCAGUUGACCAGCAACGUCCUGUACUUUAUCUACCUUGGCAUUGGAGAAUUCGUUACGGUGUACAUCAGCACCGUGGGCUUCAUCUACACCGGAGAGCAUGUCACCCAGAAAAUUCGAGAACACUAUCUCGAAGCCAUUCUGCGCCAGAAUAUCGCCUAUUUUGAUAAGCUUGGUGCGGGCGAAGUAACUACCCGUAUCACCGCCGACACGAACCUCAUCCAAGAUGGUAUCUCCGAGAAAGUUGGCUUGACCCUAACUGCCAUAGCCACGUUUGUGACUGCCUUCAUAGUUGCCUACAUAAAGUACGCACCGCUGGCUGGUAUUUGUACUUCGACCAUGGUUGCUCUGAUGUUGAUCAUGGGCGGGGGAUCCCAGUUCAUCAUGAAGUUCAGCAAGCUCUCCCUGGAAAGCGCUGGGGCCAGUGGCACGGUGGCGGAGGAAGUUAUCAGCUCCGUUCGUAAUGCGACUGCAUUUGGUACUCAGGACAAGCUCGCGAGGCAGUAUGAGGCGCACUUGCUUCAAGCAGAGAAAUGGGGCGUGCGCCUGCAAAUGUCUCUCGCAGUUAUGGUCGGUUGCAUGUUUGGACUCAUGUUCAUGAACUACGGCCUGGGCUUUUGGAUGGGAUCCCGAUUCCUGGUGGAUGGUAAGGUUAAUGUUGGACAAGUCCUGACCAUCUUGAUGGCUAUCCUCAUUGGAUCUUUCAGUUUGGGCAACGUCAGCCCCAACGUGCAGGCCUUCACCAACGCCGUGGCCGCUGCCACCAAGAUCUUCACGACCAUCGAUCGUCAAUCACCGCUCGACCCCACAUCCGAUGAAGGGAUCAUCCUUGACCAUGUCGAAGGUCAUAUUGAGUUCCGCAAGGUGAAGCACAUUUACCCCUCACGCCCCGAAGUUACAGUAAUGGAAGAUGUUUCACUUUCCAUGCCUGCCGGUAAGACAACCGCGUUGGUUGGCCCUUCGGGCUCUGGCAAGAGUACUGUGGUCGGUCUGGUCGAGCGGUUCUAUCUCCCUGUCGGUGGCCAGGUGUUCUUGGAUGGACACGACAUCCAGACUCUCAACUUGCGCUGGCUACGCCAGCAGGUUUCGUUGGUCAGCCAGGAACCCAUCCUAUUCGGCACAACCAUAUACGAGAAUAUCCGCCAUGGGCUGAUUGGAACACGCUUCGAACACGAGUCCGAGGAAAAGAUCAAGGAGCUUAUCGAAAACGCCGCCAAGAUGGCCAACGCCCACGAAUUCAUCAAUGUUCUCCCCGAGAGAUAUGAAACCAAUGUCGGCCAGCGUGGUUUCUUAUUAUCUGGGGGCCAGAAGCAGCGCAUUGCCAUCGCCCGUGCUAUUGUCAGUGAUCCCAAGAUCUUGCUUCUUGAUGAGGCCACUUCCGCUCUGGACACCAAAUCUGAAGGUGUGGUCCAGGCAGCACUUGACCGUGCUGCCGAAGGCCGCACUACUAUUGUCAUCGCCCACCGUCUAUCAACCAUCAAGUCUGCGCAUAAUAUUGUUGUCUUCGUCAACGGAACUAUUGUCGAGCAGGGUACGCACAGCGAACUGACUGGACAUGACGGCCCUUACUUCAAGCUUGUCGAAGCCCAGCGCAUCAAUGAGGAGAAGGAUGCAGAUGCCCUGGAGGUAAAUGAGGAUAGCAUCGAGCACAUGGCCAAGUCUCAUAUCGCACGUGUCAAGUCUAUUGCUAGUGGUUCAACCAUGGACAAGGAGGCAGAAGCAUUUCAGGAUGAUAUGCGGCGUCAGGAAUCUCGCAAGUCCGUGUCCAGUAUUGUUCUUGCGAAGAAAAUUGCCGAAGGUGGCAGCAAAUACUCUCUUUGGACUCUAAUCACGUUCAUCGCGUCUUUUAACAAGGAAGAGCGACUGUUCAUGGUCAUCGGUCUUAUCUUUUCUGUACUCGCAGGUUGUGGUCAGCCCACUCAAGCAUUCCUGUAUGCCAAAGCCAUCAGCUCACUGUCCCUGCCCAAAGAUCAGUUCGAUAAGCUGAGAUCAGAUGCCAACUUUUGGUCUCUCAUGUUCUUCAUUAUCGGUAUCGUUCAGAUUAUCACUUUUUCGGUCCAUGGCAUCUCCUUCGCCUUUUGCUCUGAAAGAUUGAUUCGCAAGGCACGCAGUAGGGCUUUCCGGAUCAUGCUCCGCCAGGAUAUCAACUAUUUCGACCGUGAGGAAAACAGCACCGGCGCUUUGACCUCUUUCCUCUCAACUGAGACUAAGCAUUUGUCCGGUAUCAGUGGACAAAUUCUUGGAACAAUUCUGAUGACUUCGACGACUCUCAUCGCUGCAAUUGUGAUCGCGCUUGCCUUCGGAUGGAAACUUGCUCUCGUUUGUAUCUCCGUCGUUCCUAUCCUCUUAGGCUGCGGUUUCUAUCGCUUCUAUAUGCUUGCUGCAUUCCAAUCACGUUCCAAGGCUGCCUAUGAGCGAUCUGCCAGCUACGCCUGCGAGGCCACAUCCGCUAUUCGGACCGUAGCCUCACUCACCCGUGAGACCGAUGUUUGGUCAAUAUAUCACGGCCAACUUGCUGUACAGGGCCGCGCUAGCUUGAUCUCGGUGAUCAAGUCGUCGUCCUUGUAUGCAGCCUCGCAGGCAUUGGUGUUCUUCUGUGUCGCCCUUGGCUUCUGGUACGGUGGAACCCUUCUUGGUCAUCAUGAAUACGACAUGUUCCGCUUCUUUGUGUGUUUCAGUGAAAUUCUGUUCGGUGCUCAAUCUGCUGGCACGGUGUUCUCCUUUUCCCCAGAUAUGGGCAAGGCCAAGAAUGCCGCUUCCGAAUUCCUCAAGCUGUUCGAGCGCCGGCCUACCAUUGACACGUGGUCCGAAGAUGGUGAGAACCUGGACCACUGUGACGGAACCAUUGAGUUUAAGGAUGUGCACUUCCGCUACCCGACCCGUCCCGAGCAGCCUGUGCUCCGCGGUCUGAACCUCACAGUCAAGCCUGGCCAGUACGUUGCCCUGGUGGGUCCUAGUGGAUGCGGAAAGAGUACUACUAUUGCCCUUCUCGAGCGUUUCUACGAUGCCCUUUCCGGUGGCAUCUACGUGGAUGACAAGAACAUCGCCGACCUGAAUGUCAACUCCUACCGCACCCAUCUGGCGCUGGUUAGCCAGGAGCCAACUCUAUACCAGGGUACUAUCAAGGAGAACAUCUUACUCGGUAGUGCCAACGAGGAGCCUACUGAAGACGAGCUAGUCAAGGCCUGUCACGACGCGAACAUCUACGACUUCAUCAUGUCUCUUCCCGAUGGCUUCAACACCAUUGUCGGUAGCAAGGGAGGCAUGUUGUCUGGUGGCCAAAAGCAGCGUGUGGCCAUCGCUCGUGCUCUUCUCCGCAACCCUAAGAUCUUGCUCCUGGAUGAAGCAACCUCCGCGCUUGACUCCGAAUCCGAGAAGGUUGUCCAGGCUGCUCUGGAUGCUGCCGCGCGCGGUCGCACUACUAUCGCUGUCGCUCACCGCCUCAGUACUAUCCAAAAAGCCGACAUCAUCUACGUCUUCGACCAAGGCAAGAUUGUUGAGAGCGGUAACCACACCGAGUUGUUGCGCAAUAAGGGCCGCUACUACGAGCUGGUCAACCUCCAGUCCCUCGGCAAUACAAACUAA